CUUCAUAUUCGUGGGCAUAGCCGUGCAGUUAACUUGCCUCAAGCUCGGGUGGGCGCCCUGGAGGGGCACGGAUCUCAAUGACGAGGCGCUCUUUCUGCUCAUCAACCAGUCGGUGCGAACGGCAUCAGGGAUAGCCAUCGUGUGGUUUGUCGCGCGCCCCUUCAACCCACUCUCCACCGACCUUUUCCACUGGGGUUUCGAGGACCCAUUCAGUUGUCGCAAGGGGUGGUUGUCAUGGGCCGGCGUGGGCGUCUUGACUGCUGGGCUCGUAGUUUUCGCCACUGCCACCGCCACAACGGCACUAUCAGGAGGGAUUGACCCGCCUAGAGAGGACGCAGAUGCGUUGGUGCAAGUGUUGCCCAUAAUCGCCGCCUCCCCCUUCAGCACCGGUGCGCUCAUCUUCGUGGCCGGUGUGCUCGCCCCCAUCCUCGAAGAAACCAUCUUUCGAGCCUUCCUCCUCACUUCCCUGACAAAAUGGAUGCCUGUUCCUCUGGCGGUGGCAGGUAGUGCGUGCGCCUUUGCUGCUGCCCACAUGACUCCCAACAAGCUCCCUGUCUCCUCCUGCCCUCUUCCCUUUUUUUCUCCCUCAUUCCAUCAGGAUGCCUGUUCUUCUGGCGGUGGCAGGAUGCCUGUUCCUCUGGCGGUGGCAGGUAGUGCGUGCGCCUUUGCUGCUGCCCACAUGACUCCCAACAAGCUCCCUGUCUCCUCCUGCCCUCUUCCCUUUUUUUCUCCCUCAUUCCAUCAGGAUGCCUGUUCCUCUGGCGGUGGCAGGAUGCCUGUUCCUCUGGCGGUGGCAGGUAGUGCGUGCGCCUUUGCUGCUGCCCACAUGACUCCCAACAAGCUCCCUGUCUCCUCCUGCCCUCUUCCCUUUUUUUCUCCCUCAUUCCAUCAGGAUGCCUGUUCCUCUGGCGGUGGCAGGAUGCCUGUUCUUCUGGCGGUGGCAGGUAGUGCGUGCGCCUUUGCUGCUGCCCACAUGACUCCCAACAAGCUCCCUGUCUCCUCCUGCCCUCUUCCCUUUUUUUCUCCCUCAUUCCAUCAGGAUGCCUGUUCCUCUGGCGGUGGCAGGUAG